AUGAGUAACGCAGUUGCCCCGGCGACUUCGGCUCGUUCCAAAGCAGGAGAAUCAUCAAACACUUCUGAGCAAUCUACUUUCUUGUUCGUAAACGAGUCGAGCGGUGCCCCCAGAUAUAAGUCCGGAAACCGUAGCGAUGUCCGGGCUCAUGUCCGAAAAGUCUCUGCCAAGCAAUUUGGUCUCACGCAUAAGGUGCCGAGAAAACGAGCUGAAAGACUACCGAGAUACGCUCCGUUGAUGACUCAAGGCCUGGACUCGGUCACAAUCAAAGGCUCGGAGCAUCACCGAAACUGUCCGACAAGUGUUCCAAAGAUACUCCAGGCUUCCCCGAGUAGCUCAAGUUCCUUACCUGCGGCCAGAACAUUGAUUGAGUUUACAGAAUCGCCGAGCAAGACAAUUCAAAGCCGUGAAUUUAUUAAAAGCUCAGAAUCAGUCGAACCUCAAGGGCUUGGGACCGCACACUGCCAUGCUUGUGGACUGCCCCUGGAUAAACCAGGUCACAAACCAAUAAACCAAAAGGAGCAGAGCAGUCUGAUUCCAACGAAACGCAUCCCGGCAAAGUCGAAUCCCGUUGGGAUUUUUGGGGCUGGUAGAAUCGAUCCAUUUUCAAGUCUACCAAUGGAUGAGACAAGCAACUACGCACAAGAACUGCUGGACCACGCUGUCACUUACACGCUACCCGGUCUCUGGCCAGAUGACGCGCCACCCGGCGAAGUUAAUCCCCUCUCAAAAGCUUGGUUCACCUCCAGCUUACGCAUGCCCCUUCUAUUCCACGCAUUAAUCUACUCCGGUUCCAACCAUCUCGACUACAUGCGCCACUCUGCCAUAUACCCCAACGCCCCAAAACCUCUCUCACACAAAUUAAUUGUCAUUCAAAAGCUAAACGCCGCGCUGUCAGACCCAAACCUGGCCUUACGAGAUGAAGUCAUCCUCGCCAUCUUGAUUCUCGCUUCACAAGAAGUAUUUAUCGGCAAGAAAGGAAAGCGGAACCCAUUCAAUUCCCCACUCCAAAGUCUGGGCUGGCUGAACGUGUAUGGGAAUUUCAAGUUUGUGCCGCAGCAUACAAAAGCCGUUGCGGAUAUCAUUAUAAUGCGAGGCGGGCUGGAAACGCUUGAACUACAUGGCUUGGCGGAGAUUAUUGUAUCAGGAGAUGUCAUUUCAGCCACCAAUGCCCUCACAAAACCAGGCUGGCCCCAGCUCCGUCGCCUUGUAAACCUCAUCACCUCCAUCCGCGUCUGGGCCAUCUCGCCCCCGUGGCCGCUAAUCCAAACACAAGCCUCCGCUUUCUGGUCACUCAGAUCAUACGGUAUCACAGACUCAAUGCUUGAGGUUUUUGAUUCGAUUGGCGCCUUGACCCAUGCGAUCGGUGUUCAUCUUCAAGGCAAACCAUUCGGACGAUAUCUUGGAACGGUCCAUAGAACGAGGACGGCUAUUCAGCAUAGCUUGCUGCUGCUGCCAACAUUUGAUGAACUUAAUCUCAGACCUAAAGAGGAGGGAGUUGAGAAGAAGAAUGUUUACGAGUGUUGCCGCCUGACAGCCCUCAUCUAUGGCGUUGCUGUGGUCUACCCGGUCCCCAAUUCUCACGGCGUGCUGCAAAAAUUGGUCACGCUUCUCCAAGUAGCGCUUGUAGUUCUGAACAUCGAAAGUUGUGGGUCUGAUUUGGAUGGUGUGUUGUUGUGGAUGGUGGCUCUGGGAGGGAUAGCUGCAUUGGAUAAACCGGAAAGAGUCUGGUUUGCAUCGCAGCUCGGUGGGCUUAUGAGAAAGCAGGGGAUAGGUGAUUGGGGUGAUGCUGAGGAUAUUUUGGAGUCGUUUCUGUGGCUUGAGAGUGCAUGUGGUCAAGGUGGACACAUGCUGUGGGAUGAGGCUAUGGGCAGGUUCUUAUGGUGA